GUUGUACUCCGCUCGUUGAGCGUUUCGAAAUUUAAGCCGUUCAUACCGUUGGGCCGUGCUGUCACUGCCCGCGGUUUGCUUCGGCGACAAUCUACCCCGGAAGAGACAUAGAAGGAACUGGAGUGGCUGUCCCUCCGGAUAGAUCUAAGUUCUAUCUAUUCAAGGCAUAACUGGAAAUACAAAACAAGAACACUGUCAACAGGCAACAAAUACAAUCAUGCUCCAUCAACCCGUCUCCCCACUGACAACCCACCUCCCCCUCCACCCCUCGCACCCGCAUACCGCUCCGGCAUCAGAGGAGCUCUCUGAUUUCCUUCUCUCUCUCUCUUCUUCCCCUAUUGGACCGCACCAGGGCCCAGGCGCAGCAUUCGACAAUCUGUUGCUCGCUGCUGCCACGGCUCAGGCGCCGGGUAUGACGAGGCACCACCUACAGCAUUCAUCCUGGCUCGGUAAUGGAGGAAAGAGCUUCCAAAUGCCGAGGAGCGAGCGUCUUAGGAUGGCAGCGAGAGUCGGGACGGGCGCAGUCACCCCUCCGAGCGACCAGGAAGGAGAGAAAGAAGAACCAGACAAGCAGGAGGAAGAAGUGCAGGAGAAAGAGGAAAAGGACGAGAAAGUGGGUGAGGAUGCCGCUCACGGUCCGCUGUCGGGCCUGCGUGCUCGUACCCCACCCACUCCUCCCCAGGCUCCAGAGGCGAAGCGUGCUCGUGCUGCCACGGGCGUGCGCGCUCCGGAGCUGAGGGAGGCCCUCGAAGCUCUUCCUGCUGCCACCUCUGCGUCCACGCCUCCCCGAAUCACUAGUCUGCGGAACGCUGUCGCGGAAAAGGCACCAGCUGCGGCCGCAAGUACGGGCCUGAGCGUCCAAACUGAGGAAGAAGUUCAAGUCAAGUGUAUGGCCCGUACGCGCAUCCCGACCGCCUACGGUCCCGUCUUCCUGCACGUCUAUCACAAUAACCAGGACGGAAAAGAACAUCUUGCAAUCGUGUCCGACCCUAUGCAGCUCGAGUCUUCCGCAGAUGGAGUUGAGGACUACGUCCCCAUCCGCAGCCACACUCUGGAUGUGCAGUGGAGAGAGGGAGAAACAGCACGUGAGCGCAUCACCCGAGGUGCCUACGUAUCCCGGCUAUCUGGCUCAUCUGCGGAACGCGCACCGGUGCCCACACAACCGAGGAAACUGGACGACGCACCGCUGGUCAGGAUCCAUAGCGAGUGCUUCACGGGCGAGACGAUCGGUUCGCUCCGAUGCGACUGCGGAGAGCAGCUCGAUUCUGCGCUUUCCCUGAUCGCCCAUGCGCCUGGUAGGAGAGGGGUUGUCCUCUACCUCCGACAGGAAGGCCGCGGGAUCGGUCUUCUGGAGAAAGUGCGCGCAUACAACUUGCAAGACCUCGGAUUAGAUACGGUACAGGCCAACCUGGCUCUCGGGCGAGGGGAAGAUGAACGCACCUAUGGCGUUGCAGCCGCCAUGCUGCGCGAUCUGGGCGUAGCGGGAGAGGGCAUCCGCUUGCUCACCAACAACCCGAACAAAGUGGACGCUAUGCAGCAGGAAGGCAUUUCCGUUCAAGAGAGGGUGCCAAUGGUGCCCCGGGACUGGCAGGCGAGGGACGCACUUUCGCAUCCCCAGCCUCACUCCCGCUCUCACCCUCAUGCAGGGGAUCUACUCCCCACGGCGCCUCACACGCCCAACCCCGAUUCCCCUAUCAACGCCUGGGACACACGCACAAAGGGCGCCACAAUCGUUGGUGGAGGAGUGGUCCGGAGCGAGGAACUGGAAAAGUACCUCAGGACGAAGGUGAUGCGCAUGGGGCACUUGCUUGACUUGCCCACGGUGCCUUCCGCUGCUCGAGAGAAUGGCGCGUGAUGUUGAACUGUAAACUUAUAAGGUGUAGGAAGAUGAUGGAAGUGAAUUUCACUCAUUCUUGUGACUCGU